CGGAGGUGCCCUGCGGCCCCGCCCUGCCGCUGAAGGUGAGGGUCUCCUCCAGGAUUCGCGCGGCGGUCGUAACGCACCGUGCGGCGUUCGCACCGCCAUGGCCGCCUCCAUCUUCGCCGCCGUGCCCCGCGCUCCGCCCGUCGCUGUCUUCAAGCUGACGGCAGACUUCCGGGAGGACGGCGACUCGCGGAAGGUCAACCUGGGUGUGGGCGCGUACCGCACGGAUGAAGGCCAGCCGUGGGUCCUGCCGGUGGUGAGGAAAGUGGAGCAGCUGAUCGCUGGCGACAGCAGCCUCAACCACGAGUACCUGCCCAUCCUUGGCCUGCCUGAGUUCCGCGCCAACGCUUCCCGCAUCGCGCUGGGUGACGACAGCCCGGCCAUUGCACAGAAGAGGGUUGGAAGUGUCCAGGGCUUGGGUGGGACAGGCGCUCUGCGUAUAGGUGCCGAGUUCCUAAGGCGUUGGUACAAUGGGAAUAACAACACCGCCACUCCUGUGUAUGUCUCGUCCCCAACAUGGGAGAACCACAACUCUGUAUUCAUGGAUGCUGGGUUUAAAGACAUUAGAACCUACCGCUACUGGGAUGCUGCCAAGAGGGGGUUGGACCUUCAGGGGCUGCUGGAUGACAUGGAGAAAGCCCCAGAGUUCUCCAUUUUCAUCCUUCAUGCCUGUGCACACAACCCAACGGGUACAGACCCUACUCCAGACCAAUGGAAGCAGAUUGCUGCUGUUAUGAAGCGACGGUGCCUGUUUCCAUUCUUCGACUCUGCAUAUCAAGGUUUUGCCUCUGGCAGCCUGGACAAGGAUGCCUGGGCUGUGCGAUACUUUGUCUCCGAGGGCUUUGAGCUCUUCUGUGCACAGUCGUUUUCCAAGAACUUUGGGCUCUACAAUGAACGUGUGGGGAACCUGACUGUGGUGGGGAAGGAUGAAGACAAUGUGCAGCGUGUGCUUUCCCAGAUGGAGAAGAUUGUGCGUACCACUUGGUCCAACCCUCCCUCCCAGGGAGCACGCAUUGUAGCGACUACACUGACUUCCCCACAGCUCUUUGCUGAGUGGAAGGACAAUGUGAAGACAAUGGCAGAUCGGGUCUUGCUGAUGCGCUCAGAGCUCCGGUCUCGCCUGGAGUCCCUUGGGACCCCGGGCACCUGGAACCACAUCACAGAUCAAAUUGGCAUGUUUAGCUUUACAGGGUUGAACCCUAAACAAGUGGAGUACAUGAUCAAAGAAAAACACAUCUACCUGAUGGCUAGUGGGCGCAUCAACAUGUGUGGUCUGACUACCAAGAACCUGGACUACGUGGCCAAGUCCAUCCACGAGGCUGUCACAAAAAUCCAGUGAAGCACACGAACAACCAAACUUACAUGAACUCACCAAAGUUGUAAUGUGUAGUCCUGUCUUACUCAUAGCUUGCCAUGUCCACACCUCUUGGGGUUUAAUAAAGAUGGGAGCAGUAGCUCAAUCAGGGAUAGUCUUAUUUUGACCUUCCAUGAAGUACCCCUUGCAAUAUAAGCCCCAAGAGGUGGGAAACAGCAUGAGCUGCCUUAGUUCUUGUUGGACAGCAGCCUGAUCUUCAGGCACUUAGAGCUGCAUCUUUAGCACAUCCGAAUCAACUCCUUACACUGAUCUGUUUGAUCUAGGCUAAGUCCUGUGCCAGUGCAGUGCGCUAUGGGGUAACAGCCAAGUAGUUGUUAUCUGAGACAAGUUGUCAACUGUUGUCACCUGGUAGUAUUUUGUGUAGGGGCAAAGCUGUUGCUGGCUUUCCUCCACACAUUUCUGAGCCUGAUGCGAGCAAACAUUUGUAACUGUGAUGAUUCCUUAGUGUUGCUGACAGAAAAUUAAAUCUUCAUCUCUGAAUGCUA